AUGGCUGGAUCUCCUCAAGGCGAACCAGCCGAAGGUGGCUGCUUCGCUGUACUAUCCUCCUACCUCAAGAAACGAAAGGGAAAGAAGCAGAAUGCACCACAGAACGCCCCAAGCCCGAUCUCUAAGACGAAAGCAUUGACAGCCAGAAGUACCGACUUGUCAAUCCCGCUUUCUACCUAUCACGAAGCCAAUGCUGCUUCAAGAGAUGAGCCUGUUGGGGGUCAAACCAACCUGGCUCCGGACAAUGUUGACGAACAUGGAAAGGAGAAUCAAGGCAACCCAGACUUAUGGUCACAGGCCUACCAAAAGUUAGAUGACAAGACCAAGAAUUGGAUUGGAGACGCCUGCAAAAACGCCAAUGACAGUGGUGAGCAGAGGACUCAAGACCUAGUCACACUCGUCAGGCAGAGAGAGGAGGAAUACAAGAGGGAAACUCCAAAGCUCAAGGUCGGUGGCUACGAGAUCAUAUGGAGAGAUUACGCCGACAGGGUGGUGAUGUGGGUGAUGAUGCUUGGGGACAUUCUCUCCGUGGGUUCGGCCCCAGCACCAUCCCCAGUGCUAUGGUCGGCUCUUAAAGUACUUCUAAAGGCAAAUGCGUCCCAGUGCGAGGAUCUCGCAGCCAUUUUCGGAUGUGCUGAAGAAGUCCUACGGCUCACUCGCCACGGUAAGGUAUACGAGGAUGUAUACCUUCAUGGCGGCUCUUGCAAUACGGCAACACAAAACCUCCAAGGUGCGCUUGUCGAGUUGUACAAGUCAUUGAUGGAGCUUCUGGCCCACGCAUUCACCCGCUUAAACGAAGGGCAAGGGAAGCAAUUUCUGCGUGCCCUCGUCUCUGGUGGACAAGGUGCAAAGCUGGUAUCGCAAUUGACAGAACAAGAACGCAAAGUGUCAAUAGCAGCCGACGCCUGUGGUGCAGUUGCGUCUCAUGAGCAUCAAAGGUUGCUCAAGAGUCUUGAUGAGCCACUGAGAAAUGUUGGAGAUACCGUCAAGAGGCUGGGCGAGAAGAUUGACGAAAGCGCAAUGAUUCAAGCGCUGGACUAUAUCAGCAACAUUCCGAUCGGUGAGCACCAGCAGGAGAAGCGUGACUCAAGGACUCCUACAACAUGCGAAUGGCUAUUGAAACAUCACAAGUUUUUGGAAUGGGAAGGGUCGGAUUGUUCUUCGACUCUGUGGCUUCAAGGCAACGUCGGCGCCGGAAAGUCCUUUCUGACCUCCAAAGUCAUUGACCACCUCUCUGCCGCCUGCCAGCAGCAGACCGAAUACGAUGAAGGCUUUGCCUACUUCUAUUGCAGUCGUUCUGAUCCUGUGCGUCAAGAGACAAAGUAUAUCCUCAGAAGCUAUAUCUCUCAGCUUGCGAGGGUACCGAACCAUUCGACUAUGAUGGAGAAGAACAUCUAUAACUUAUACCUCAAGGCGAAACAGGAGCAAAGAGGCUUUUCUACUGCCGAAUGCGAGACGGCCUUGACUGGAUUGGUCAACUUAUAUCGCAGGACCACGUUUGUCCUGGACGCUCUAGAUGAAUGUGAGAGGGAAUCUAGAGAAGCACUCGCUCGUAUUCUACGCAAUCUUGUCGACAUGGGCGAAGGCACUGUCAAGGUCUUCAUUGCUAGUCGGAAAGAGGAUGAUAUCGAAGAAUAUCUCGGUUCACAGAAGCUGGUUGCGAUCAGUACUGCCGACAAUAAGAGUGACAUCGAGAAGUAUAUCGACUCGGAGGUAUCAAAGGUUGGCGGUGCAUGGAGGUCAGUCUCUGCAGAAGUCAAGAAGCAGGUGAAAAGAACGAUUGGAGAGAAAAGUGACGGAAUGUUCCGAUGGGCAUACCUGCAAUGGCAGCAGCUCAAAAAGUUGAGAACCAACGAGACCAUCCGUGAGCGGCUCGGGAAGCUUCCUAAGGGCCUCACUGAAGCGUACGAUGAAAUCUAUUCACAAGCCGAAGAAAAGAUUGUUUUACAACAGGCAGUCAAAUGGGUAUUAUGCGCUGUAAGGCCAUUGAAAAGCGAAAUCCUACUGGCCGCUGUUCGCCUGGGGAGCAACCUUGAGUCCCUUGCUCUAUCAGAUUCCAUUGACGAGUCAACCUCGGAGGGCAACCUUCCGUCCCUUACUCUGACAGACCCCAUCGACGAACCAACCUUGGAGAGCAUCUGUUCACACUUGGUUGUCCUAGACUCUCGGCUGAAGGUGUGGAGGUUUCCGCACGCAUCAGUUGCAGAGUAUUUCGAAGAUCAACAUAAGAGCUGGAUAGGUAGAGCUCCUGAGGAUGUGGCGAUUCUGCUGGUUUCGUGUCUGAUUGAUUGCUACUCCGAAUGGGCACCACACAAAUCGGCAGACGAGACCAGAGAAUUCCUCAAGAAGACACCAGAUCUUGAUAAUCAUCUGGAUCCGCGGCAUCCUCUUCAAGAAUAUGCGAGCUCAUAUUGGACACGGCACGCGCAAAUCACUGUAAAUCAGUGCCAGGAGGUGCCAGGUCUAGCAGAGAUUGUUAAACGCUUCCUGGGAACUAGAGGACCUCAACAAAUCUCCAGUCGGCAGUAUCAAGCCUGGUGUCAGCUUCUGCGUAUCAGGUCAGAACAACUGCUCGCUCCCUAUUCUCCCCCUCAGGACGUACAACCAUCAGAAAAAUCCAUAUUUGGCAUCUGUGCUUAUGGACUCCACAGGUUGCUUGAGGGUUGGUGGGACAAAGACAUCGACCUCUUACAAGUUAACAGCAGAGGGCUGGAUUUACUGGCAAUCGCUGCGAGGUACGGUCAUGAGGAGCUUUGCUCCGAGCUCAUUACCCAUGGAGGCGAUAUACACAAGGAGCUGGACACUGAGCUUGGAAGCGCAUUCAUGGAAGCUGUAGAUGAAUCACAGACCCAGGUGGUGAAGCUGUUCCUGAAGGGGGGUGUAGAUCCGAACCUUCUCAGACAGGACAGCAGUCCGCUCUGUGUAGCUGCACGUACUCAGAAUGAUGACCUAGGUGCGGUUACGGCUCUUCUGGAGGCAGGAGCGGAUCCCAACAUCAAAUGUCCCUGUUGUGGCGGAGCGUUGACUACAGCCGCCUCCUUGGAAAAACAUGAGAUGGUGAAACUGCUUCUGGAACACGAGGCGGAUGUAAAUGGCUUGGCGGAUCGAUAUGACCAGUUCGACAGCCCUCUCGUAGCAGCAGCAUGGAGAGGUUCGCUACAGUGUGCAGAAAUUUUGCUGAAUAAUGGAGCCAAGGUGAAUGAGUAUUUCUGCGGGGGAUAUGGCAGUGCUUUGGCUGCUGCAAUAUUUGGGUGGAGACCAGUCGAGAUGGUCACGUACCUCAUCGAGGAGGCCGGGGCUGACCCAACUGUCUUAUUUUCAAGUCCGCCAUGCAUUUCCGAAAUUGACGACGAAGACUGGGCCAAAGAAGAGUUGACAUCCGAGAGGGUGCAAGCAGCAUGGUAUCUCAUAGAUGAGUGUAACAUUGAAGAGAGCGCACUACGGAGCAUUGGUUUUGAGACAGAAGAGCCUAAUGACUUUGAUAGCGAGGACGAUAAUGAGGACGAUAGUGAGUACAACCAUGGAGGGUAG